AUGUUUCGUAGAGUGUUCUUAGAGCUGUCUCAGCUCAUCGAAGACGGCCAUGCCAAGCCAAUCUCCCCAUACAAGCUCCUGGGUUACGAGGAAAUCCCAAAGGCACUGCAACUGGUUCAAGAGAGACAACACUUUGGAAAAUUCGUUAUCUUGAACGGCCUAGGCGCAAAGGUUGCAGCUCCGAUUCGACUCGCAAGACGUCUUGUGUCUGCCGCUGUUACAUUUAUGGGAGCGCAGUUGGCCAAGCAGCUACAUCUGGCCGAGGCGAUAGACUCAGCGCGUCAACUAAUGCAGUACAGUAUGGAUUCGCUUGCCGCCAUAGAGUUCCAGAAAUGGGUGCGUACGACGCUCAGGGGGGAGCUGACAACUGUGGACGUGGUGAAUGCUGCGAGUUUAGUAGUACUGUGUGAGAGAGUGACAGGAAAGAUGGCAUACUGGUGA